UUUAAUCCCCCGGGACUGAACCGGAAUGGGUUCCGAGGAGGUCCGAGCUUCUUGAUAACCGCAACUGAUCGAGAGGGUGACUGUGAUCUCUCGUUCACUUUCCGUCCGAGCCAACACCGUCCACUCGAAAUCUACUCCCCUGUUACAGUUUUUGAUUGAGGAGCAACCACUUGCCCUGCGUGUUCACGAUGAGUGCAUCGAAGAAAUCAUCCAAUCCUGCGGUCCCCUCAAGGACUGCGGGGCGAGGUCGGUCCAUGGACGGCUGCAACACCUGCCGCCGUCGACAUGUCAAAUGCGACGAACGUCAGCCAUCCUGUCUACUAUGCGAAAGCCAGGGGAUCACCUGUGAAGGCUACAAAGUAAGCCUUGUAUUUGAUGCCGUGGGAAAUGAGAGGUCACAAUAUCGACGCCCCUUAUUUACCCUGAGAAUGCGUCAACAUAUGACUGAAAUGCUCACGGCUAGCGUCGCGCCUGACAAUGUGGACAAUUACUUGUCCCGGGUAGACGAGCAAUGUGAGUCAAUCCAGCAAAAUGCUCACGCUAGUUUCUCCACCGAGCUUGGACCAUUUGGAGCAUUCCGCACGGCCCAGGUAUCCAAUGAGGAGGGAAGGCAGCAGCGGUCUCCAGAUACACAUGUCAGUUGUGGAAGUCCAGUGGCACUCGUAGCUGUUGCCGAGCCAGAAGAUGAUAUGGACACCCUUCUUGCCGACGAUGCACUCAUGGAAUGUUUGUUCUGGGCUGCUGAAAUGCCGGAGUCCCACAAUAGUGUGUUCUCGAUGGCGGAUUCAUCCCCUUCCACUGCCUUGGGCAUAGACUCCAAUUUCCCGAUUCCUCAUUUGCCAUAUGCCUCCAACCCCGCCCAAUCAACCUUGAUACCACUGGCGCCUAAUUUGGCGCCUGCCUAUGCGCCUGCGCUUAUAUCACAUUACAGAGAUGUAGUUGUGCCUUCUUUUUCCCCUGCAGUGCCCAAGAAAACGCCGUGGCAGAUUCUACAUGUUCCAGUCGCAAUGGAAACACUUGCGCUAUUGAACAUGGGAGAACUUGCAUCAAAUGCAAGGAUGGCCGUCUUCUACAGCAUACUAGCUACCAGCGCCCUUUCGAUGCUGGGGACAUCCGAGCAAAGGUGUGGCUCGGAGUGGCAUGCCCAAGCGGAAGUGUUCUUUGCCGAGGCUCAGGACCAUUUCAGAAUGGCCCUUCGACAAAUCCUAGAUGGACAACAAAAGGUUCGAUAUAAGGAUAUGCUGAUUGCUUUCCUUUGUAUGUCAACGCUCUGGACAUACAAAGGUAACGAGAAACAGGUGGAACGUUGCCUCUUAGAUUGUGAACAUUGGAUCACUAUACGAGGGAUCCCCAAACCCCAUAAAUCUCGAAAAGUCCGUCUUUUGCAUCAUUGUUAUCUUUCCUCGCGCACCUUUUACGAAAGCACGUCGGUCUGCCGUAAGCCUGUGUUUCUCGCAAAAGACCCCUCUGCUCGAUUUUUUCGCCGUCAAAAAUGGGUAGAUCGAUUUGAACAGCGGAUGCAAGAGCAGAAAGGCGGAAAAUCGGUCGAAAAUGACAUGCAUUUUGAAAUUCCUGGAAAUUGGGACUCUUCAAUGUAUCCAGAAAUCUACGGUAUUCCCGAGCCUCUCUUGUUCUCUUUGGCUCAUGUCACCCGUCUGGCGAACGAGAGGCAGAUCUCGUUUGCGGCUCAUCAUGAGACUGCCCUUAAUCUGAGAGAGUUCAUGGAAAGAGCUCGCAGCAUAGAGAAAUACAUCUCUAGUUGGCAGCCUCCCGCUUUUCUGUCCACAACCGAGUCUAUCAUUCCUCAUGAAAGGGUUCUGCAAAGUCCGCACAAGGUGAUAAUCAACCGCCUGAUUAUUGCGAUGCACAAGGCAUUGCUCAUCUACUUCUACCGCCGAGUCUACGAUGUCGAUGCGACAAUGAUGCAGGGGAAUGUUGAGCAUAUCCGAGAAAUACUUGCCGAAUGCGGUCGUUUUGAUAUUUGCGCCGUGUACCAUGCUGACAGUUUCGUGUGGAUUGCAUUCGUUGCCGCGUGCGAGGCAUUGGAUCCCUCGACGCAAGAUUGGUUCUCUUCAUGGUUUGACACGUGUAUCGCCAGAGGCAAUUUUCAAUUCUUCCAAGUCAUCAAAGCCACUGCUCACGAAGUUUGGAAAAGAAGAAAGCAGGGCCAUUCAGCUACAUGGCUGGAGGUUCUUUCGGAGGCGGGAACCAAUCUUUGUUAUAUCUAG